AUGGGUUCACCAACAUCAGAAGAUACAUCAAUAAGACCAACGUCUAGACCGGCCUCGAUAUACUCGUCGGCUUCGUCAACCCCUCCCCUCUCCUACCAGUCUGACUGCACAACGCUCUCGCUAAACGAAAAGUCGGAUUUCGAAGACAGCGACAGUAAUGAAAAGUUCGAGAGUGUCUCAACAACCUACGAGACAUUUGUUGUCGACCGGCCUGCUACGCCAGUAGUUCCUCUUCAGGAUGUGGGAAUCCGACCCUGGGUGGUCGUCAUUGGAGGUUUCUGCGCGCAAGUAUGCUCCUACGGCAUGCUCAGUGUAGUUGGUAUCUUCCUCUCCCACUACAAAAACUACCAGCUCAGUGAAUACACCACCUCAGAGAUUGCAUGGAUUGGCUCGACACAAUCGUUUUUCUUUGCAUUCUCGGGCGUGUUCUGUGGACGGUUAGUUGACAUGUACGGCCCGUACUAUGUCACAAUACCCGGCAUGAUUUUACAAGUCGGUGGCCUGGUUGGUACCGCGUUCGGCACUAAAUAUGUCCAUUUAUUACUCGGGCAGGGAUUCUGCUGUGCGAUCGGAGCUGGCGGGUUGUUUUACGGUUCCACCGCUGCUCUGACGUCCUGGUUUUCGGCUCGUCGCGGUCUCGCGUUCGGAAUCGCUGCGUCUGGUGCUGGAGCUGGUGGUAUCAGCUUCCCAUUUUUGCUUCAGUACCUGUUUUACGACUACGGAUCUUUCACCGUCGGCGUUUGCACACUCGCGGGCAUCCUGGGUUUCUUGGGCCUUAUUGUCAUCAUUACUACAACGACGCGGUUACCCCCUACUGGCGCACAGCCAUACAGAUUUGUCACUUAUUACAUUCACCCAUUCAAGGACUCGAUCUUUGCUCUGUUCACUCUCGCCAUGAGUCUGAUCUACCUUGCGCUUUUUGUGCCAAAGGCCUACGUCACCUCUGCGGCCUUGUACUAUGGAAUGUCGCGAGCCCAGGCUGCAUAUCUUCUUUCAUACCUCAACGGAGGCUCGUUCGUUGCUCGCAUUUUCGGCGGCUAUCUGUUUGACCGAUUCAACAAAUUCCUCGUUUUCUUCGGCUACGUGCUGUUUGGCGGCCUCGUUCUGCUUCCAGGCUGGUACUCGUCAUCUACCCAGGCCGGCUCGAUCGUCGUGGCCACCUGCUUUGGCUUUGCCAGCGGCGGCAUCCUCGCCCUCUGCACUGCCGUGAUUGCGCAGAUUUCACCCGCCAAGGAGAUCGGAACUAGAGUCGGAGCUUGCAACGGAGUGCUUGCGCUCCCAGCUUUGUUCUCACUGCCUGUGGCGGGAGCGAUCGUUGGAGACGACGACAAUUACAGAGGAAUGCAGGCGUAUGCGGGUUCUACUAUUCUCGCCGGUGCGGUUGUUUCCCUGUUUGUGAAGUACAAGGUCGACGGAUUCAACUUCCGCGCUACCCCGAAAAAGGCGUAA